UUGCGGCACGUGAUCACUAUCCCGGACGGCCAAAUUUUUUCUGCUAGCUCUGGCGCUGUGCAGUUUGGCAGAAAAAAGUCAACACCACGAAACCAACGUCAACCAAGCCGAUUCCGCAAACCAAUCCGCCCACCAUGCAUCUGAUGUACACCCUCGACGCCAAUGGCACCCGCCUGUACACCCUCAAGAAGGUUGCCCACGGACAGGUCACCAAGUCCGCCCACCCCGCCCGCUUCUCCCCCGACGACAAGUGGUCGCGCCAGCGAGUCACCCUCAAGCGCCGCUUCGGCCUGCUGUUGACCCAGCAGAAGGAGGAGUAGACGGCUCGUACGGACGAUAGAGGACGAAUGACGGGAGAUGGAAGCUCAGAGGACGGGCUGAGGGAGGUGGAUUGGCGUUUCUUAGGUCACAUCACACAGAGGCGUUUAUUGGCACAUGGAUCAGAGAAAUGUGAAAAAUUGACUGGCAUUUUGAUGG